GCUACGAUGAACAAUUGGAAAAUGCAAUUGUUUUGGCCAGCAAUUCGUCUAUAGAUUUGAGCUCAUCACAAAUGAUGCUCGUAUACACAAUUCCAACUAUGUCCAAUAUGAGGCAAUUUAUCACUUAUAUCGGUCCUCUUAUUGUACAAAUUUUCAAAGUAGAGCUGAAUCAUAACAUCUUGACGCUGUGUGAGUUCAAGUUAUACGAAAAAGAAUGUGAAAAUGGUUAUUUUGGAAAUAACUGCUCACAUCAUUGCCAUUGCUUGGACAAGAAAGCAUGUAACAAUGUCAUAGGUAAAUGCCAGACAGAUGAAUGUUUGACUGGGUGGCAAGGAGAAGCUUGUGAUACAGUUUGUGAUGUUCGUACAUUUGGUGAUGGAUGUAAAAACACAUGCAACUGUUUUAAUGGUGCCUCAUGUGACAAUGUUAUUGGAACAUGUUUCUCGGGAAAAUGUGAACCUGGAUGGCUUCUACCGACAUGUAGCCAAACAUGUCAACUUCACAAUUUUGGAGAUGAUUGUAAGAGCACGUGUCAUUGUAUCAACAAGACAGCUUGUGACCAUUCUAGUGGGCAUUGUGAGAAAGAAUUGUGUGAUCCCGGAUGGCUAUUACCCACGUGUAGCAAAGAGUGCGGUCAUCGUUCAUUCGGUCAAAAUUGUUCGUCAGUUUGCCAUUGUAUAAAUGACACAAAUUGCAAUCCUGUUACUGGUGAAUGUCAUCUUGGUUUUUGUGAUCCGGGAUGGCAAACUUCGAGCUGUGAUAAAAUUAUUGUUUCCAAUUCCGUGUCGUUUUAUUGUUGCCUCAUAGAUCAGUUAUAUCAGCAACUCGCCGAUGUUGAGCUAUAUCUUGCUAACGAUACUGGACAACACUCGUUUCACCUGGUUGGAAAUAGCACACGAAGGAUUGAUGGAAAUAAACACGUCCUUACAUUUUCAAAUAAACUGACAAGAUUCAUUAAGAUUCAGAGACCAGGUGUCCUUACACUGUGCGAAGUGAUCGUAUCUGAAGGGGAAUGUCAGGUGGGGACAUUUGGUGAAGAAUGCUCCGAGAUAUGUCACUGUGCUGAUGAACGUGCAUGUGAUAAAACAAGUGGAUAUUGUCAGUCAGAUGCAUGUAAAUCUGGUUGGAUCGGUAAAUCAUGUAACCAAGAAUGUCCAAAGAACAGAUUUGGUGACCGAUGUAGUGAGACUUGUUUUUGUGCUGAAGGUACAUGCACUACUAACUAUGGGGUUUGUCAGAACGGUUGUCAACAAGGAUACACUGGCUCUCUUUGCAAUCAAGAUUACAAUCUUAUCGAACGUAUCAGAGCAAACGUCACAACAAACCAGUCCAGUACUUAUUCUCCAUCCAGUAAUCCUCAAGAUUUUGACUCUAGUAAAGCAAUAGACGGGGUGCAGAAUUAUUUAGUAGAUACAUGUAAAUGCUGCAGUUUAACACACGGAGCCCUACCUUCAUGGUGGCAAAUUGAUCUUGGACAGAAAUACUUGUUAAGUUCUUUGCAGAUAUUUGGCCGUGCAGCAGGUAAAAUAAAUUAUAACUAUCAAUUAGAAAAUGCAACAAUUUAUGCUGGAAACGUAUCAAUAAAAACAAACAUGACUUUAGUUUACAAAGUUCCAUCGAUGACUAGUACACGCAAUUUUACAAAAGAAUUAGACGCAAUAAUCGCACAGUACUUCAGGGUAGAAUUGAACCAAAGAGAGUUGACUUUGUGCGAGUUCAAGCUAUUUGGGAAAGAAUGUGAAAUAGGUUAUUUUGGAUCGGGAUGUUUGCAUAGUUGUCACUGUUCAGAUAAUAACAAAUGUGAUCAAGUAACAGGGAAAUGUCAGACAUCUGGUUGUCUGGCAGGCUGGACAGGUGAAGCAUGUGAAGACGACUGUCCAGAGGGUACAUUUGGUUUAAAUUGUUAUGGUAUAUGUAACUGCAAAGAUGAUGCCGAAUGUCGUAAAACGGAUGGAUUUUGUAGUAACGGUUGUGCAUUUGGAUGGUCAGGUUUUAACUGUAGCAAAGGUAUCGAUUUGGCAGCCGUUAAAACGCCUACAUUUAUGUUUUUGUCAUAUUCGAAACUAAUUGCUUCCUAA